AUGAAUGUUAAUUUAAUCUGUCCUUAGCACAAAUAACAAAUUAUCCAAGCAUGCAUUGAUUUAGAUUGCUCUGCAUUCCCUUUUAUGUGUAAAGUGUGUAUGACAGAUUAAAAAAUUAUUUCUUAACAUACAAAACAUAAUCAAUGUUUAAUACCCUACCAACAGUACACAAUAUUGGUAAGUAAAUAAAUCGAAGACUAACUUUAAGAUGCAAAUAAAUAUAUUGAUCUAUUCAAUAAAGAAUCUCAAGUUGUGUAACAAAUUUUGUUAUCAGAUGAACAUUUGAAUAAUAUGGAAGGAUAUGUAAGAUCUUAAAAGCAAUAAAUUGAAUCUGAUAUCAAUUAAGCCUUAGAAUCCAUCACAUUAUUAUUUGAAUUACAUAAAACAGAACUAAUAAACUAGUUAGAUCAAUAUCUUAAAAUAUACAAAAACAACUUUUUUAUACUUAAAGAAUAAUUAGAACCCAUCCAUUUCCUUCUGACUAAAUGUAAAUAUUACGCAAAUGAGAACAACUUGAAAGUAAGGAUAAUCACUAUUAUAGUAAAAACUACAUACUAAACCUGAUUUAGGAUCAUAACUCAAGUUAUCAAUCAAAUAAAUGUCGAUUAUUAAAAAACCUGAUAUAUUAAAAUAAAUACUUGAUAAAGUUAAAAAGGCUUAAGAAUUAUAAUAUAACAAUGAGAAUUUUACUAAAUUAUUAACUGAUGCAAUGAAUUCAAUCAAAGACUUCUACAUCAAAAAUGUCAGUAUUCCAAAUCAAUAACCUAUUGAAAUUUAACAAUAACCAAACAUACUUACUACUAUUUAAACUAUAUCCUCUCCUCCAAUUAAAAGUAAAUCUAUGGAUGUAUCAAAUGCUGAUAAAUAGACUAUGUUAGAUGAUAAUAAGACAGUCAUAUCUGCAGUAGAUUCUAAGAUCUCUGUAUUUAAUUAAUUAUAACCAUCCAAUAUUCCAAAUAUUAAUAUUUCAAUAUUGGAUAAUAGAAUUAUAGAAGAUACUAAUCAAUCUAAAGUAUUGUUUUUCUUAUCUAUUUAGAAUCAUUCAAAUUAACGAUUCAGAAUUAAAAAAAAGUUAAGUAUUGAAUUCUAAGUCACUUCAUUGGCUCUUGUUAGUAAUGCCUUUGUUGCUUUGGGAUUGGCUGAUGGAACAGUCAAAUUAUUAGAUAUGACUACAAGCAAAGUUAGUUUUUAUCCUAAUACCUAUAUUCAACAUACUAAACCUGUUUCUUAAUUAUUGAUUUUAAAAUAAAAUAAGGGAACAAGGUUAGCAUCCUUAAGUGAUGAAAAUUAUUCUAUUAUUUGGACUUUAGGAGAAAAUUAUGUACCUUAUCCAGAGAGAAAACUAAUUGGUUUUAAAUCUAAAUUAAAUAGAAUCAUGGAUAUAGCUGAUUCUUCUCAUCUUCUUUGUUAGAGUGAUACAAAUCUAUAAAUUAUCAAUUAUCAUGAUAAUAGAAUUGCUUAUACUUUUGAUUUUAAAUCUUAACUCAUUGACUUUCUAUAUGUAAGUAAAUAUGAGAAAUUUGCAACAAUUUGUUAAGGAAAUAUAGUUUCUAUAUACAGUCUAAAAAUAAAUAAUAAUUUAUAAGGAGCUAUGCUAUUAGUUAAUUGUGAAUUAGAAUGCAUUCAAUCAGCUCUACCAAUCUCAAAUAUAAGUACAUGUAUUGCUAUAGAAUAUUUAAAUGAUAUAAUUAUCUGUUAUGGAUGUAUUGAUGGAUCAGUCAAAUUAUUUAAUGUUCUUAAAAAUAUCUUAAUUGGUGAAUAUUAAGUAAUAUAUUAAAUCAUAUAAUUUAAGUUAUUUAAUUCAAAAGUACAAGAGAUGAUAAUUGUUAAAUAGAAUAAACUUUUUAUAUUAGUGGCCUUUGCUGAAAGUAUAAAAUAGAUAAAAGCAAUUAAGAUUUAAGAGAAUAAAAUAAAUAUGAUAGAAAUGUUUGGUGAAUUGCUUGAAUGUCCUGCUAAAACUGGAAAAAAUGUUAUUUAAACAUUUUUCAAAAAUAGAAGUUCAUUUUAUUUAUUAAGUGACUCUUAAAAAGAUAUUGGAUUAUAUGAAUUAUGUUGA